AUGAAAUAUGUGUCUGUAGUAUCACGAACAACUAAGAAGAAAGUACUAUAUCAAAAUGAAGGCUACUUCAUAACAGCAAAAAAUUCAACAGUUUUCAAAGAUGAAUUUAUGUUUCUAUCAAUGGAGGAAGGUUGGAAACCAGAUGUCUAUUUUGUGAUUGUUUUAAGGGAACUUGAAUUAUCAGAAAUAAAUGAUGUAUUUAAAUUUCUUCUUCGUUAUCAUGUUUUUAAAGUGUUGGUAAUAAAUAGAGCAAGUAAUGCGAAUGUCUACACGUAUAAUCCAUUUGAAAACUAUGGCUGUGGAAAGGUUUUCACUAGGACUAUAUCGUAUGGGAAAUGUAUGAAAGCAAACAUAACGAAAUCAUUUUUUUACAAGCCUGUAACGGGACUUAGAAAGUGCACAUUUAAAGUAGGUUUUUGUGAUUUGCCACCAUACGCUAUUGAUCCUAAUAAUAAUAAGAGGAAAGAGAAAAUUAAAGGAAUAGAACAAUUUGUUUUGGAAACUUUAAGCGAAUUGGAACAAUUCAACGUUAUAUAUUCCUACCAAAGUAACCCUGAAGAAACUUCUGCGAUCGGAGAUGAUAUGAUAGCUUCUGGUCCUUUGAGUUCCAUUCAGAAAGGUGAUGUUGAGAUAAUGUUAGGAGGAUAUUCUUUGAUGCAUAAAAGAGCAGAAGCUUUUAGCUACUUAUAUGGACAUCAUUCUAACUACGAUGGACUCAUAAUCUUAGUCAAAAAAGCAGGACUUAGAAAGUGUACAUUUGAAGUAGGUUUUAAUCAUUUUCCCCCUUACGUUAUUGAUCCCAAUAAUGAUCAGAGUAAAGAGAAACUUAUGGGAUUAGAACAAUAUAUUUUGCAAACUUUAAGUGAAUUGGAACAAUUCAAAGUUAUAUAUACUCACAAAUAUAAUUCUGACGAAAUUUCUGAUAUAGGAGAUGAUAUGAUAGCUUCUGGGUCUUUGAGUUCAAUUCAGAAAGGUGAUGUUAAGAUAUUAGUAGGAGGGUUUUUUUUUGAUGCAUAA